UGGGGGAACUUCCGGUGAGACAUCUCGAUGCCGAAUCUGCCGGUGGAGUCUGUGUAUGCAUUUUGUAAGGAUCACCACAAUCUAGCUAGUUAACAUAUUAUUAUCUCUACGCAGUUAUCAUCGCAUAGGUAAGAUUUAAUUUUUAAAAAUUGGCAGAUAAGGCCGGCGCCGCGGCUCACUAGGCUAAUCCUCCGCCUAGCAGCGCCGGCACACCGGGUUCUAGUCCCGGUCGGGGCGCCGGAUUCUGUCCCGGUUGCCCCUCUUCCAGGCCAGCCCUCUGCUGUGGCCAGGGAGUGCAGUGGAGGAUGGCCCAGGUGCUUGGGCCCUGCACCCCAUGGGAGACCAGGAAAAGCACCUGGCUCCUGGCUCCUGCCAUCGGAUCAGCGCGGUGCGCCGGCCGCAGCGCGCUGGCCGCGGCGGCCAUUGGAGGGUGAACCAACGGCAAAGGAAGACCUUUCUCUCUGUCUCUCUCUCUCACUGUCCACUCUGCCUGUCCAAAAAAAAAAAAAAAAAAAAAAAAAUUGGCAGAUAAUACUUGUACAUACUUAUGGAGUACCCGGUGGUAUUUUGAUAAAUGUAUGCAAAAUAUAAUGGCCAAAUCAGGGCAAUUAGCAUUUCUAUCAUCACUCCAGACAUUUAUUGUUCCCUGUAUUGGGAAAGCUCAAGAGCCUCUCUUCUAGCUAUUUUGAAGUAUACAAUAAGUUACGGUACACUGUAUGAAAAUACUUCAGAAAGUUCAUGAAAAAUGCAUUUCAGGGUGUGCAUAGCAUACACGGGAGCCCUGUUCUGUGGUCCCAGCGACAUGGGACCACGACUCUCAAGGCAACACAUUCUGUCCCUACCCGCAAACUAGCGAGCCUCUCUCUGUACUCACCGAAAAGCACUUGCCUUUUGAUUGCACGUUUCCUUGAGAUUUCAGAGAGUGGAACAGUGAUGGUGGGUACCAGAAGCCCUGGAGCAGGACACACCCUGGCAGCAGUCCCAGGGCAGUGGUCACAAAGGCCACAUGGGGCAGGGGCACCGUGUCGCCGCCUUCCUUGCGGGAAAUGCAGCUGUGUGGACUCCUGCAGCCCCUCCACUGAGCUCAGUGCCUGUGGACCCCGGGUCUCCAGUGGAGAGGACUGCAGGUGCCCGAGGCAAGGGGACUGGGGUCCUCUUGCUUCCCUUUCUUCUGCAGGGAAGGGUCCCUGCUCCUUCUGUACUGUGGUGAGGCGUUUCCUUCUGUUCUCCGCCCAUCCGAGGUUUCUGUGCAUGACGGGCGCUCUGCUACUCCCCUGAUGGACUCCGGUGGUCUCCUUUAGCCGUCUCCAUCAGAACAUGGUGUUCAUUCCUGUGUCUGUGUAUGGGGUAAGGGCAAGGGGCUUUCAGUCAGCGUCUCACUGAUACCCAAUAAAAUUCCUGGCCUUUGGAUUAAAACAUGAUUCAUUUAUUUGUUUGACAUAGAGGGAGAGACGGGGGGGGGGGGAGAUUGCAUCUUCUGGUUCAUUCCCCAAAUAUCUGUAAAUGCCCUGGACUGGAGCUGGAUCUGGGUCUCCUAACAUGAGUGGCAGGAACCCAGAGCCCAGAGCCAUCGUCUGCUACCUCCCAGGAAGCAGGAUUCAGGAGCCAGAGCCAGGACUUGAACUCACGCACUCUGAUAUGGGGUGCAAGCAUCGCAUCUGGCAGCUUAACUGCUAGGCCAAAUGCCUGUCUCUGGUCUUUUAUUAAUAUUUAUCAAGACUGUAAGGCUUUUAUUUGAGAAUUGCAUCCAAGCAGACUCCUUUAAUCUGUGAGUAGUCCUCUUCAGUGCUUGAUAUUUUAUAAACAAACAAACACUCCAUUAGAGGGAAGUGUUAGCUUAGAUCAUUCCUGGGACAUUGAUUCCAUUGUGUGAGAAUUUUAGAUCCUUGCAGUAGUUUCCUAACUCGGUGCAUGUGACAGUGUAAAAACAUAAUAUUCCACUAGAGGGAGCCAUUUACUUAUGUAUUUCCUCAGGCUUUCAAGUGCAUGCCUUGGGAAUUGAGUCUUUUCUACAGGAACAGGGGCUAAACGCCAUAUCCUAGGUCCUCAUGCCACUGAUCCCACAGGGACCUCACACAGAAAUUUUUUUCACACCAUAAUAACUUUGAAACGCAAGAUAGAAUGAAUUUUCUAGCUACUAACGUGGCUUGCUAGUCCUUAGUGGCAAACUGGAAGUUGUUGAUGCAAAUGGCAUUUGUUUACUUUAACCUGGCUCAUAAGUUGUGUAUCUUCCCAGGGUGGGGAGAGGGAGGAGAAACAUUCAAUCAGGGACUGAUUCAGGUUGGGCGCUUGGCUGAAGGCGCUGCUUGCGGUGCCCACAUUCCACACUGGCGUGCCUGACCCGGGGUCCUGCCCCGGUGCUGACCCCAGCUUCCUGUUAAUGUGCACCAGCAGAGGCAGUGGUGACGGCUCAUGCAGUUGUGACCCUGCCACCCACCUGGGAGAACUGGAUGAAAUCCUUGGCUCCUGGCUUUGACCUGGCCCAGCCUUGGCUGUUGCAGCAUUUGGGGAAUGAAUCAGCAGAUGGAAGAAGUCUAUUUGUCUUUAUGCCUUUCAAAUAAAUUAAAAGAUUAAAAAGAAAAGUGACUGGAGCUGGUGCUGCAGCGUGGUGGGCUAAGCCUCCACCUGCCUACAGCGCUGGCAUCCCAUAUGGGUGCCAGUUCUAGUCCCGGCUGUUCCUCUUCCAAUCCAGCUCUCUGCUGUGGCCUGGGAGAGCAGCAGAAAAUGGCCCAGGUGCUUGGGCCCCUGCACCCACAUGGGAGACCCGGAAGAAGCUCCUGGCUUUAGAUUGGCCCAGCUCCGGCCGUUGUGGCCUUUUGGAGCCAGUAGAUGGAAGACUUUUCUGUCUGUCUGUAUGUCUAUAGCUCUACUUCUCAAAUAAAUAUUUAAAAAAAAAAAAAAAAGAGCGGGCUGCACCAUCAUCUGAGACUUUAUGCUCAGGGGACACAGUGAGGGAGAAGGGGGGCCUAGAAAUGCUGCGGGGCUUUGUGGGAGCCUUUACAGCCUGUUUCCUGGAGAAGAAACACUCAAGACAGAUCGCACAGGGACAACAGUGAACAUUUUGCCAGAUCCUUGUAAUAAAAUAAUGGGUCUUCAGGCCUUGGGCAGGAGCUCACGGCAGAGCAGAGCUUAUCAAAACGAGACCUGUGACUAUGGAGUCUUUCUAAUGAAGCAAACGUCAAGCUACGUGAGGGAUGCACAAGGUUCUCAGGUGAGUUCUAUCCACAGAAGUUUUGUCAGCUGGGUUUACAAGGGAGGCGGCACAAGAUAAAGAAAGGCAGCUGGCUCACCGAAACACUGCUAGAAGGGAGGAGGCUGAGGACGUGCUCCAGCCGCACCCACAAUCUGCCGCUCAUGAGGACGGAAGAAUGACCGAGGGGGCAGAACCAAGGGCCAGACGCUGGGCUGGACACCGGCGUCGGCUCAUUCUUGGGCCUUGAGAACUAAUCUGGGAGUUAUAAUCCCCAUCUGAAUUUCAGAAUUUGGGAGUAGUGAUUGCUUCGCGGUUUCCGUGGCUGUAGCUGCUGCCCCGUUGUUGGCCCGUGUCACAGCUGUGUGGACUGCGAGGAGCGGCAGUUGAGGGGCUGUGCUUACCCUGGUGCAGCCGGUGCACAUGAUGACCCUGUGGAGUCCGAGUGGAAGCCGUAACCGCAGGAAACCUUUGCAGGUGCUUGAAGCGUCAUCUCUUUUCCCCCUACCCCUGCUUCCCCUCGCUCCCGGGAAACAGGAGGCUGCCUUCGGGAUCUGAAGCUCCUGCUUGAGGCUUCGUGAGCUCCGACAGGCCGUCCUUUUCGAAUCCCAAGGUCAUGAUCGAGUCCUCAGGCCGGCAGGAAGCUGUCUGUGCUGUAGGAAGUUUUCUCCACCUGAAUUUUGCCCCGCUCACCGUAUUGGGUGGUGCCAAGGAGAAGCGGUGGAUGACUUGGUUCUAACAGAUAAAAUCUGACAAGACGAUGUGAUGUCCCUUCUGACACUAGGUUACAAAACCACUCAUGUGUUGGCAUCCUUUCAUUUGCUUGCCCUGUGGAAUGCCAGUCUGCGUGCUGUGAGCUGUCCUGUGGGGUGGCCCCCGGGGCAGCAGCCACUGAGGAACCAGGGCCUCCAGCAGGCACUGGAGUGAGCUCGGGAGUGACUGCUCCCCCUAGCUCACAGCUCUGACAGCUCUGAAAGGUUCACUGCAACCUCUUGAGAAGCCUUGAACUAGAGACACCCAGCAAAGCGGCACCCAGCUUGCUGGUUCACAGAAACUGGGAAAAGAAAUACUUGCUGUUUCAAACUGCCAGGUUUUGGAAUAGUUUACAUGCAAUAAUAGAUGACAAGUAAAAUCCUGUGUUUCAUGUGUGUGGGAAACAUUGUAUCAGUGAAUUUAGAUCCAGAAGUCCUGCGUUCAAAUCCUGUUUUUCAGCAAUGCACUUAGUCUGCUUGAGCAUCCGUUUCUUUAGGUAAAAUGCAAACAAUAACUUUCCCAGCUAUUUCACAGGGUUAUUGUGAAGAGUAGAUGGAUUCAGUGAAGAUGAAAUGAGUCGCUCUACAGUCGUUCUAGCGGUGGAAUGACCAUGGCGUGAUGAUGGAUCUCAGCUGUCAUGGGCGUAGGUGAGGGUGCUUGGGGGCAUAGGCAGUUCCUGUUGUCAUUUCUGCGGUUGGGAGAGUGCUGACAACAGGUGCAAAGCACCUGUGAUGACAAGGUGUCUUCGUGGCCUGUGGGAAGCCUGCACCUUGCUGUGUAUAAAUGGGAGGACCUCACAACAGAUUUGGACAUAUGAGGCAGGAUGAUCAGGACCAAGGUGCUGAGCAAGGCCACCAAGGCUGGGGUGAAAUUCACCAUCUCCAGCACCUUUGGCCCACAAGCAGCCAGCUCCAUCAGAGGCCCACAAGCAGCCAGCUCCAUCAGAGGUGUGUAGCUACAGAACAAAGGGUUGAUGGUGGAGAUGAAGGAGAUCCCUGCCAGCCAGCAGCUGAGGAUGAGCCGUGUGCAUGCACAAACUGCACAGGGUAAAGGAGGGGCUUGCCCGUGGCAGUGUGCCUGUCGCAGGCUGUGGCUGCGAGGAGGAAGAACCCUGUGGCUCCCAGGAAGAUGUGGGACGAGUCUUGGGUGGUGCAGCCGGCAAAGCUGGAUACCCAGGGCGAUGUUGAGCAGCGUCUGGGGCACAGCGAUGGUGUGGGAGAGAAUCUCUAAGCAGGACACAUUGCGGAUGGAGGAGCAUGCGGGGGUGAGCGGCGAGUGUUGGGCCAGGUCAGGCAGAUGAACGACAGGUCUGCAGCGACUGUCGACUGUCGUCAGGCGCGGGAGCAGCAGGAGCCGGAAGAUGGCCACCUGCAGGGAGCCCUUCGGUAUCUGUCAGGCCUCGGAGGUCUGACUGGCUGUUCAGACCUCAGGCCCUCUGCAGAAAUGCACAAGCCUGGGCCCAAAGGACCUCCAGACGUGAGGGUGGGGAGAGGGAAUAGGGCUCCUGCAGCCCAGCAUUGCUUUACCUCUGCUGCCCCCUCAUGGAUGCAGGGAGCAUAGCAGACACUGCAGUCGCUCUCCCUUGGCCAGCAGUCACUACAUCUAGAAUCUCUACAGAAUUACUGAGUGUGGGUGAUUUUGCUCUCCCCACACUUCUUUCUACUUUUUAAAAAAUUUAUCUAUUUAUUUACUUGAGAGGGAGAGAGAUACAUAGAUUUUACAUUCACUGGUUCAUUCCCCAAAUGCCCUUAACAGCUAGGGCUGGGCCAGCCUGCAGCCAGACAUUCAGUGGGUCUCCCCUGUGGGGUUAGGAACCUAGCUACUUGAACCAUCAUUUGAUGCCCCCCAGGGUGAUCAGCAGGAAGCUGGAAUCAGGAGCAGAGCUGGGAUUUAAACCAGGCACUCCGAUAUGGGAUGCAAGCGUCCAAACUGGUGGCUUAACCAGAGGCCAGACACCCAUCCUCUCUCUGCCUUUCUUUUAUUCUUUCCCCUUUUCUCCUACAGAUAAUCCUCUGCUGCCCUCCCCAGUCCUCCUGAGAGCUGGGAAAUACUUGUUUAUUCUUCAGGAUCUGGCUAGAUUAGCCUCUUCCUCCUGGCCCCUAUAACACACAGUUUACCCCUCUGUUGUGUUUCUAUAGAGUCAGUUACACGUGUGGACUUCAAAAAGCUCAUGCAAAAAUGGAAUUAAAAGAUGUUGAUCUUGGUGCCAUUUUUUUGAAAUCCAUGCAGUUUUUCCAAAAUAUACAUUUUCCUUGAGUUUUUGAAGAUCCCUCAUAUGGGUGAUUUAAGACUUUUUUUGCACUAAAAUAAAUAUGUUUUUAAAAGAUAUAUGUAUUUAUUUGAAGGGCAGAGUUACAGAGAGAGAGAGGGAGGAGGGAAGAGAGAGAGAGAGACGGAGAGAGAGAGUGAGGUCUACUAUCUGCUGGUUCACUCCCCAAAUGGCCGCAACUGCCAGAGCUGCGCCGAUCCAAAGCCAGGAGCCAGGAGCUUCUUCCAGGCCUCCUACAUGGGUGCAGGGGCCCAAGAAUGUGGGCCAUCUUCUACUGCUUUCCCAGGCCAUAGCAGAGAACUGGAUUGGAAGUGGAGCAGCUGGGACUCAAACCUGCAUGCAUAUUGGAUGUUGGCACUGCAGGUGGUGGCUUUAUUUGCUACACCACAGCACCAGCCCGCUGGCUGCCUUUUGAUACAUUUCUAUUGCCAGAUUUUUUUUCUAGAGUCAGGAAGACAGACACACCCCCAUACCCCCACAUCCACACUAAAACACAGAUACAGAGAAGAAAAUCUUUUUUUUUUAAAGAUUUUAUUUAUUUAUUUGACAGGUAGAGUUGCAGACAGUGAGAGGGAGAGACAGAGAGAGAAAGGUCUUCCCUCUGUUGGCUCACUCCCCAAAUGGCUGCAACGGCUGGAGCUGUGCCGAUCUGAAACCAGGAGCCAGGAGCUUUCUCCGGGUCUCCCAUGCAGGUGCAGGGGCCCAAGCACUUGGGCCAUCUCCACAUCCCAGACCACAACUAUUGGACCGGAAGAGGAGCAACCGGGACUAGAACCGGCACCCAUAUGGGAUGCCGUCACUGCAGGCAGAGGAUUAACCUUGUGUGCCAUGGCGCCAGCCCCUGAGAAGGAACUCCUCCAUGCUGGUUUACUCCUCAAAUGCCCACAACUGCUGUGGGAGGGGGGUGGGCAGGGCAGAAGCCAGGAGGAGGGAAUUCAAUCUGGCUGCCCAUGUGGGUGUCAGGAACCCAAUCAUCUGAGGCAUCACUGCUUAUUCCCAGGUUCUGUGUUAGCAGGAAUGUGGACUCAGGAGCCAGGACCACGAAUCAAACGUACACUCUAAUAGGGGACUGAGGCAUCUGAGUGAUCGUCUUAGCUACUAUGCAAAUGCCCUCCUUUGCAGCAAAUUCGAAACAAAGUUUUGACGUGGGCUCACAUUCCAUUUGUCUGAGAAAUUCCCGAACAGAAGAACAGGGCAGAAGCUCACGUGUCCGUUGGAGCAGCUUCAUGACCGUCACUCAAAAUUUCCAUUUAUUCAGAGCCCAUUAAAACUAAUGAAGUUUUGCUGCUUUUCUGACUACAUCCUUGAAGGCUUGUAUUACUUGUUUGUUCCUUAUGGUGUAAAUGAAUGGGUUCAGCAGAGGAGCAACCGAGGUAUUGAGUACAGACACCCCCUUGUUGAAGGCAACUCCUUCUUUUGCUGAGGGUUUUGCGUACAUGAAGAUGCAGCUUCCGUAAGACAGGGAGAUGACAAUCAUGUGGGAAGAGCAGGUGGAAAAGGCCUUUUUCCUAUGCUGGGCAGACGGGAUCUUCAGAAUGGUCCUGAUGAUGUGUGUGUAGGAGAUAAUGACCAGCACCAGCGUGACCUCCAAGGUCACGACGGCUAAGAUAAAGUCAAUUAGUUCCAGGAGUCUUGUAUCUGAGCAGGCUAUCUCUAUGAGGGGACCAUAGUCACAAAAAUGGUGAUUGAGUCUAUUGGAUGCACAAAAGUCCAGCUGACUGGUGAGGAUGAUUGGGCACAAGAUGAUGAGGAAUCCCCCCAGCCAAGAGCAGAGAACCAACUGGACACACACCCUGGGGCUCAUGAUGGCCGUGUAGUGCAGAGGUCUGCAGAUGGCCACAUAGCGGUCGUAGGACAUGGCGGCCAGCAGGUAAUACUCAGUGGCCCCGAUGAAAAUGGCAAAAAAGUACUGAGUGAAGCACCCAGCAAAGCUGAUGGUCUUAUUUCCCGUUGAGAUACUGAACAGCAGCCUAGGCGUGAACGUGGUUGUGAAAGCAAUCUCCAGGAAGGAGAAAUUCCUGAGGAAGAAGUACAUGGGCGUCUGGAGGCGGGCGUCCAGGAGCGUGAGGGCCAUGAUGAAGAGGUUUCCAAUGAUGCUGAAGACGUAGGCGAGGAAGAGAAAUAUGAACAUGAACAUCUGAAUCCCUGGGGUGUCUGUGAGCCCCAGCAGGAUGAAUUCACUCAAAGUGUUGUUUCUCAUCGCUGACGCUGGCUGAUUGCGAAGCUGAGGAAGAGAAAAGUGAGUGAUGAGAAGGGGAACAGAGCUGGGGAAUGUUGAGAGUGAGCUGUAGCAGUCCCCUGAAAUGUGUUCAUUGGAAUUCCUUUGGCUACUUGACCCAAAAAGAACUGUCUUUUUGUCUUAAUCUGGCCCUUCACAAAAUCUGUUUACAUCCCUACAUGGGAGCCUUUGUUUCUCAAGUUUUUUUUUUUUUUUUUUUAGAUUUAUUUAGUUAUUUGAGAGGCAGAGUUAUAGAAAGAGAGAGGAAGAGACAGAGAAGUCUUCCAUCUGUUGAUUCACUCCCCAGAUGACUGCAACAGCUGGAGCUGGGCUGAUCCAAAGCCAGGAGCCAGGAGCUUGUUCUGGGUCUCUCAUGCUGGUGCAGGGGCCCAAGCACUUGGGCCAUCUUCAGCUGCUUUCCCAGGCCACAGCAGAGAGCUGGAUUGGAAGUGGAGCAGCCAGGAAUCAAACUGGUUGCCAGCACUGCAGGCAGAUGCUUAGCCUACUAUGCCACAGUGCCUGCCCCUCUGAGGUGUUUUUCUCAGAAGAGCAUAAUGGUCCCUAGAUCUCCUUAAAUCAUCUUCUGUAUUUUUAUUCUCAUCUCUUUCUCCUCACUUUGCUUUGUUCUCUUUUUAAAAAGAUUUAUUUGAAGGGUAGAGUUACUGACAGUGAGAGGGAGAGACAGAGAGAAAGGUCUUCCACCCGCUGGUUCAUUCCCUAGGUGGCUGCAAUGGCUGGAGUUGGGCCAAUCCAAAGCCAGGAGCCAGGAGCUUCUUCUAGGUCUCCCACACCGGUGCCGGGGCCCGAGGACUUGGGUCAUCUUCCACUGCUAUCCCAGGCCACAGCAGAGAGCUGGAUCGGAAGUGGAGUAGCUGGGAAUAGAACUGGCACCCAUAUGGGAUGCCGACACUGCAGGCGGAGGAUUAACCUACUGCACCACAGCGCCAGCCCGUUGUUCUCCUCUUGGAUCUAGGAAAACCCUCCCCUCGGAUCCUGGUUCCUAUCAGCUUCACUAUUGCUCUCUCCAACAUGUUGGACAACUGCCCCAUUUUUGGGGGCUGAUAAUAAUCCCCAAUCCACCGAUGCAGGGGAGAACUGACCUUUUAGUGCCUGUUAACUUAUUCCUGGAAUUAUAUGAGUUCAUGCCUAUCUUGAUUAUUUAAAAAUUAAAAAAAAAUAUAUAUUUUUUUGGGUU